CUUGCCCCCAUUACACGCCUUUUGCCGUUGGAUCGUUCCAAUAUCUAGCCUUACUUUUGGUGCAGGCCACCGCAUCAGUAAUCGGCCACACUAUUCUUCAUUUGUUCAUCGCCAUGCCGUCAUCUAAGGGCAAGUCUAACCGGCCAUGGCAAGCCGUCGCUGAGGAAGCCCGGGAUCAUCGAGAUCGCACUCUAUCACAGGUAUCACCAACUCCUCCAGAAGUGGCUGCCGAUCUCCCAAAGAACGUAAUGUAUAUCCCGGAAGAGCUAUUGGACCCUACAACCAUCUCAAUCACCAAACUCCUCCCAGAGGAACUUCUCAGCGUAUUGGCGAAGGGGCAACUUUCCGCGGUCGAAGUUACGACAGCAUUUCUCCAGCGUUCAGCGGUAGCACAAGGCCUCGCAAACUGCAUUACCGAGUUUCUUCCUUCUUUGGCGUUGGAUCGUGCACGAGAGCUGGAUGCAUACUAUGAAGAGCACAAACGACCGAUAGGGUCUCUGCAUGGUCUUCCUGUCAGCGUUAAGGAACACAUCGGCUUUCGAGGCUUGCGAUGCACGACAGGAUACGUUGCUCAUUGGGAUAACAUAUCGAAGGAGGAUGCGCAUGUCCUCCAGAUUCUGCAGGAUGCAGGUGCGGUGUUUCACUGCAGAACAACGAUACCUCAGACCAUGAUGCAUCUGGAAACGGACUCGAAUCUCUACGGCGUUACCAGCAAUCCUUACAACACGCGCGUGACUUCUGGUGGUAGUUCUGGUGGGGAGGGCGCUCUAAUUGCCCUGCGCGGUUCGUGCCUUGGUAUCGGCUCCGAUGUAGGCGGCUCAAUACGCAAUCCAGCCGCAAAUUGCGGUAUCUACGGGAUCAAACCAACGGCGUUUCGGAUACCGACUGAUGGAUGGGGCUAUCUCAUGGCUGGAGCAGACGUCAUCGAGUCCGUGCUAGGUCCUUUAUCGACAUCUCUUACCGGCCUGACAUUGUUCAUGAAGACUAUUGUUGACGCCGAGCCAUGGCUGACAGAGCCUGCAUUGAUCCCAAUGCCGUGGAGAGAUAUUGAGCUGCCCAAGGAUCGACCCUUGAGAAUCGGCGUCCUAUGGCAUGACGGAGUCGUACGCCCACAUCCACCAAUCACUCGAGCUUUGAAGAUGGCAACGGAGAGGCUGAAGGAGAAGGGUGUCGAGGUUACGGAUUUCGAGCCGUACCUGCAUGAUGAGGCAUGGGCCAUACUCUCGUCGCUGUACUUUACCGAUGGUGGAGAAGAGGACACAGAAGCUAUCAACUCAUCCGGUGAACCGUGGCGACCGCUCUCCGACUGGAUAAUUAAGGAUAAUCCCUGCGUCAAGAAGCUCGACGUAGGAGAACUUACAUACUGGCUUGAGGAACGCGAAGCAUAUCGGAAAGAAUAUGCACUGCACUGGAAGAAGUCCGGGAUCGACGCCUUACUCUGCCCCGUCGGGCCUGGUGUCGCACCGAAGCACGAUACUGCGAAGUACUGGGGCUAUACGUCCCAGUGGAAUCUUCUCGACUAUCCUGGAGUUGUCUUUCCGGUUUGCAAAGUCGAUAAAGAGAAGGAUCGCUUGGAAGAGCAAGGAAAGCCUCUCAGUGGUCACGACAAGGAUAACCGCAAACUAUGGGAUUCGGAAGAAUUCCAUAGUUUACCGGUCAGUCUGCAGUUGGUCGGGCGGCGAUUUGAAGAUGAGAAGGUGUUGGCCACCCUGGAACACUUCACCGAACUAAUCGGGCUUCCUUUCGAACAGUUUCCGUGAAGCAGCAUCGGCGUCUAUGGAAAGAGUAAGAAUCAUGAGCCAUGAGCAUCUACAGAUUUGUCUCGCACUAAGCAACGCGCUGGGGUCAUAGAGGCCUUCUCUUCUCCUCCUGAUCCUAGACUCUUAGCUUUGGCCAUGGCCGAGGUAUCUCAGAAAGCCAAGAUCGAUGACACUGCUACGGUGCAAAUGUCCUCCAUGAGUCGAGUGAUUUCACGCUCG